GUAUUUUUAAGAAAAUAUGCAAUAUAAAAUAAUACAUAGAAUACAUACUUAUUCAAACAAUAUAACACACAGGUGGCCAUGGUUUACCAAAGAUAUUGAUUACUAGAGAACAACUUCAAAUUUACAUUUUACGAGGAUAUACUGGACAGAUGAUUACUGACCACUUAGGUUGUUCUGUGUCAUAUAUCUACAAGAGACUUAAAAAGGAAGGACUGUCCCCAUGCAGUAAAUUCAGUGGCAUUACUGACAAUGAACUUGAUAAUGAAGUAAAACUGCUCCAUUCUCAAUAUCCAAAUUCUGGGACAGAGAUGAUCAGUGGAUAUCUUAGAGCAAAGGGAUUAAUUGUACAAAGAAAAAGAAUACACAGCUCUUUAAUGAGAAUUGACCCUAUGAGUACUGCAGGAAGAUGGGCCCAAGUAAUCCAAAGAAGAUCAUACCGAGUUGCAUCCCCAAACAGUCUCUGGCACAUGGACAGCCACAUGAAGUUGAUACGAUGGGGAUUUACUGUUCAUGGAUGUAUUGAUGGAUUCUCGCGUCUUAUUCCAUAUUUAAAUUGUGCAUUGGAUAACAAAUCAUUCACAGUUUUAGAAGUUUUUUGCAAGGCUGUUGUGAAGUAUGGUUUACCAUCUCGAGUAAGAUCAGAUCAUGGAGGAGAAAAUACUCAAGUAGCACUGCUCAUGAAUAUGCUGAGAGGACUGCAGCGUGGUAGCCAUAUUACUGGACAAUCAGUACACAACCAAAGAAUUGAAAGGCUUUGGAAAGACGUAUUCUCACAGGUCAUUGAACCAUUUUACAAGGAGUUCUAUGAAAUGGAGGAUCUUCGUAUUCUGAAUCCAGAUAAUACUGUACACAUAGCAUGUCUUCAUUUAGUGUACCUUAAUGAAAUUAACAAACGACUUGAACUAUUUAGAAAUGGUUGGAAUAUGCACAGAAUUAGAACAGAAGGAAACCGAACACCAGAACAGAUUUGGUCAGAUGGGCUUCUCAUCACAAAUUCUGCUCCAUCAGAUGCUACUAUUGAACAGCUUUUAUUAGAAAACUUACAAAGAAUUGGGGGGCCAGCUUUAAUUUCUUCUGAUGUGAUUGAGGAAGAAGAGUCAUCCAACACAUUAAAUUUAACUAAUCAGCAGAUGGAAAUGCUUUCUGCUGAAUUUCAGCAUGGAGAUGGAUUACAGGAUAAGUAUUCUCGAUGUGUCCGUUGUGUUGUUGAGCUUUUACAAUCUAAUGCAGACAGCACUGCAUCAUCAUCUUAACAGCAUAUUGGAAAAAGAAUUAAGAGAGUUGUCAACCAUGAUUUCAUUUUCAGUUUUAGUAUUAAUGGAAGAACCCUAAACAUAUAAUUUCAUGUUACAUUUUUUUUUAUAAUUUUCUAUGUUUUGUAUUGUG